UAUCCUGAAAUGCUUCCUUCAGUGAGAGGUCAUUUAUCCUGGAGUGUUCGGGAAAAAAGGUUCUCUGGAGGUAUUCAUGCGAUAAGGUCUUCUUUGCUGAAAGCUUUUCCUUCCAAAAGAGUAUUUGAUUAUAGAAACCUAUCUGCAGUGGUUUCACACAGUUCUCCUUAUCCAUUACGAAAGUCUGCGCAGUGGUGUCGUUCUCUCUCCUGUUCUGGUGUUUCUUCUUGUAAUGAUUUCCGUCAAGAAUCUUGUUCUGUUCUUUGUUCUGUAACCUCCUACUGGUAUGGUCAUUUCAUCUUAGAUUAAAGACAUAAAAAAGGCAGUCAUUCAAGUAAACCAACCUCUUUGAGCCUUUGCUUUAUUAAUUUAAUGCAUUUAGGGUUUUGCAUCGCCAGACUUUUCCGUCAGAUGAGAACUCAAAGAUGAAAACUUAAGAGAUUAUUCUUUGGUCACGUUCAUUGUUCACAUGAAAACUGCUUCAACAUUCGUAACUUUUUUUGUGGCCUGUUUAUAGCCAAAGACCUUCGAUGACAAUACAGAUAUAUAGCUCAGUCUCUUUGAAAUAUUUAGUCCCACUUAUUACAGAUUUAUCCUCCCAAACACUCAAAAAAAUCAUAUCUACAAAAAACGCGCAAACCCAUCCUUCCUAUUUAUCAAACCACGCCAUCUAUUGGUCUUGAUAGGCUCCACCCGCCGAAACAGAACCACGCCCUCUAUAUCGAUUCUAAUAGGCUCCACCCACCAAAAGAAAACCACGUCCUCUACAUUUGUCCUAUUAGUCUCCACCCACCAAAACAAAACCACGCCCUCUAUUUGUCCUAAUAGGCUCCACCCCCAAGAACAAUUAACUAGUCCUGUCUAUAACUAGGUUGCCCUGCCUAUUUGGUAUCAGUUCUCCUUGCGAAGUGAAGCAGGUAGAAAGGAAAAUAAGCACCAGAUGUUUGCGUUGAGAAGUGUGAUCAUGGCUGUGGCGGUGGUGGGCGUGGCCAGAGUGGGCGCCCGGCCGCAGGUCCUGGACAUCACUAAGGCGGCGGCGACGAGCGGCUUCAGCCUCCUGGAAGCCGCCGGCCGCUCCGGAGGCAUCGUGUCCAACGUGGCCUCCGACGCCCUGGCCACCGCGCAGACUCUCGGCGAGGGGGCGCGCGACGUAUUCCGUGAGACCUUCCAGACAGGAGCGCAGGGCCUGAACCGCUUCAGCAGCGCCUUCAGGGACACCACCGGCGAAGUUGUCCGAGGCUUCAAGGACGCGACGCGGGCGGCAAAUACCUUCUUCGCCAACGGCGUCCGCUCGACGGGACGCCUCGCAUCCGACACCGUCAGCACCGGCUUCGAGGUGGCUAGAGACACCGUAGGAGCUAAAGCCGACUUCUUGAAGGACGUCAACCAGUCCGCCGUCCGUGGCGCUGGGAAGGUGGCCGGGGCUGUCGGGAACUUCGCCGAAGGAGCCAUCGACAACACCGUCGGCUUCAUCUCCCCCGCGACGCAGAUCGUCGAGAGAGUCAUUAACAAAGGAAUCGAAAACUUUUCGCAUGUACUCGUGCCCUCCGGAUUUUAACCAGCCACCCUUAUACCCCCCCCCUCCCCCCGCACUGUCCCAACUGCCACUUCGAGAACAAGCUAAAGUUUUAUCGACAAGUCCGCGACCUCCUCAAGGGGUCUUCAACGUGCUCGUGCUUGACCUUUUCCCUACCAACGAGUCUGCUUACCUAGUGAUUUAGUAUUUUAAGUAGAUUAUCUUUACGUAUUAUAUGUGAUUUGAAUAACAUUUAUUUUGAAAAAGA